AUGAUUCCAGCUGUUCAUGAGCCCAUCUGGCACCUUAUAUGUUACAGCAGGCCGAAAAGCAACGACACCUUUACCAAUAGAGUAAUUCUCCGUAUCUUUGAUCACGCAUUGAUUAUUCCUAUACGCUGCGAGUUGUUCCCCAAUCAGGAGAUCGGGGUCUCUGCAGGUGGUUCCAAGCGCGUGGCGUGCAUGCCGACGUGA